GUCGGGGGAAGGGGCCGCGGGGCCGCGGGGCCGGGUGCGCGCUCAGGGGACAUGGCGGAGGCGGGCUUCGCUCAGAUUCCCGAUGUGGACAUCGACUCCGACGGGGUCUUCAAGUACGUGCUGAUCCGAGUGCAUUCGGCGCCGCCCUCGGGCUCCCCGGCCGGGAAGAGCAAGGAGAUCGUGCGCGGCUACAAGUGGGCGGAGUACCACGCCAACAUCUACGACAAAGUCUCCGGCGAGCUGCAGAAGGAGGGCUUCGAGUGCGAGUGCCUGGGGGGCGGGCGCAUCUCCCACCAGAGCCAGGCCAGGAAGAUUCACGUGUACGGCUACUCCAUGGGUUACGGCCGUGCCCAGCACUCCAUCUCCACCGCGAAGAUCCAAGCCAAGUACCCCGACUACGAAGUCACCUGGACCGAUGAUGGCUACUGAGGGUGCCUGCCCCAGCACCCAGCCGGAACCUGCCCCUCCCGAGGGCUGCCCUCUCCCACUGCCGCCCUGGUGCUCUGCGUCCCGGCCAGGCCUGGCAGACAGCAGCCUGGAUCCAUAGGAAUUAAAGUGUUGUCACCCUGCCAUUC